UGUGCCUUCAGCCAUUAGUCCGAAAUGGGAGACAGAUGGAUAGGCUACUUCAUUACACAUGUAGAGAAAUGUGUCAAGAAAAAUACUGAAACUUCUGCAAGAAGAACUUGGGGGUGAAGGAAUAACGUUGCAGACUCGUUUUAUUACUAAAUGAAGAGGAUUUAUCACCACCACUUGAAGAAAUGUAUAACUAUGAAAUUAUAUAAAAGAAGCUUGGAUGAAGUCGAGUAACUGUCGCGCGCCGCUGGAAAGGAUCUCUGAAAUCGGCUCUAGACUAGAGUAUCUGACGGCGAGUCUUUACUAUUUACAUCUAUAGCUGUACGGGAUUCUAAUUCGUUUCAAAAGGCUAUAUUAAAAACUAUGAUUAAAAAUAUAUUUUGUUGGCUGUAGUCGCCAGUAUAAACUAUAGAUAAUCUUAAAAUCACAUUUUAUUUUUAUCUUUAUUUGAGAUGUAACGUAAUUAUGUGAAAUUACAUUAAUUAGAUUAAUUGUAUUUUUUCUGGUUGUAAGUUAUUUUGUGGUUAAACACAGCUUUUGAAUUGACACUAAGAUUUAAAUUACAGUAUACUUCAAUGAUAGACGAAAUCAAAUAUUUUUCUAGGGCAGCAACUCUGGAUAAUAAACGUCUCAAUUCCGGAUAGAUGCUACCCAGAUGCACUCAUUAAUUUUCGGUCAAGAGAGGGGGAUAAAAAAACAACUAAAGUGUUAAUAAUCAACUUUUUUUUAAAUCGAGCUGGUCCAUCACUUUCAACUCAGCUGUAAAGGGUGGGAUAUUCGUCGAUCUCACUCUAAACAGGACUUUUAAUACGCCUCUUUACUGAUCUCUGCUGGACAUUUGUGGAAUAACAUCUUGACAAACAGAGACGAUGAACAAGCAGAUAUAUAUCCACUAUAACUACACAGGGAAGCUGGAAAACCGUCAGAAUGGAAAGAUCACAGGUGGUGGCGUUACCUUGGAUGCUAAAACCAUCGUGUUCCUCAUCAUCUGUUGCUUCAUAAUCCUGGAGAACCUGAUUGUUCUCGUGGCAAUAUGGAAAAAUCAUAAGUUCCACAACCGCAUGUACUUCUUCAUAGCCAACCUGGCGUUGUGUGACCUUCUGGCUGGGGUGGCUUAUAUCGUCAACCUCCUCAUGUCAGGGGAGAAGACCCUUCACCUGUCCCCAGUGUUGUGGUUUGUAAGGGAAGGGAGCAUGUUUGUAGCUCUGGGGGCUUCCACAUUCAGUCUCCUGGCUAUAGCUAUAGAGAGACAUCUGACCAUGAUUAAAAUGAGGCCCUACGACGCCAAUAAGAAUUACAGGGUGUUCUUGCUCAUAGGGACCUGCUGGCUCAUAGCGAUAUCCCUGGGAGCAUUGCCCAUCCUGGGGUGGAACUGCUUGGACAACCUCCCUGACUGCUCCACAGUCCUACCGCUCUAUACCAAGAAGUACGUGGCCUUCUGCAUCAUCAUCUUCAUGGCCUUGCUGCUGGCCAUGUCCGUCCUGUACAUACGCAUCUACAUGUUGGUGAGGACCAGCAGUCGGAAGGUGACGAAACAUUCCAACUCAGAGCACUCCAUGACCCUCCUCCGUACUGUCAUCAUCGUGGUCGGCGUCUUCAUUGCAUGCUGGAUGCCCAUCUUCGUGCUCCUCCUCAUCGAUGUGGCCUGCGAGCACCGCUGCUGCCCCAUUCUCUACAAGGCCGACUACUUCAUAGCCCUGGCCGUGCUCAACUCUGCCAUGAACCCUGUUAUCUACACCUUGGCCAGCAGGGAGAUGAGGAGAGCCUUCUUUAGCUUGGUCUGUGGCUGUCUGAUAAAGGGGAAUGUCUCCAGCAGUGGUGAGCCAAAUAAGCCCAACAACCUGGAGCACAGCAGGAGCACAGCAGGAGCACAGCAGGAGCACAGCCCAUAAUAAUCCUAACAACCACAGCGGGAGCACAGCAGGAGCACAGCAGGAGCACAGCAGGAGCACAGCCCAUAAUAAUCCUAACAACCACAGCAGGAGCACAGCCCAUAAUAAUCCUAACAACCACAGCAGGAGCACAGCCCAUAACAAUCCUAACAACCACAGCAGGAGCAUAGCCCAUAAUAAUCCUAACAACCACAGCAGGAGCACAGCCCAUAAUAAUCCUAACAACCACAGCGGGAGCACAGCAGGAGCACAGCCCAUAAUAAUCCUAACAACCACAGCAGGAGCACAGCCCAUAAUAAUCCUAACAACCACAGCAGGAGCACAGCCCAUAAUAAUCCUAACAACCACAGAGGGAGCACAGCAGGAGCACAGCCCAUAAUAAUCCUAACAACCACAGCAGGAGCACAGCCCAUAAUAAUCAUAACAACCACAGCAGGAGCACAGCCCAUAAUAAUCCUAACAACCACAGCAGGAGCACAGCCCAUAAUAAUCCUAACAACCACAGCAGGAGCACAGCCCAUAAUAAUCCUAACAACCACAGCAGGAGCACAGCCCAUAAUAAUCCUAACAACCACAGCAGGAGCACAGCCCAUAAUAAUCCUAACAACCACAGCAGGAGCACAGCCCAUAAUAAUCCUAACAACCACAGCAGGGCAGAUGAGCAGCUGAAGGACAUGGACAGUAGUCUGAAUAUUAUAGUGGCACAGACCUUGAUAAAGAGUCCAACAUCAUUGUGCGCCAAUGUGGCCAAUGGGUUGAGGUUUUCUGCUGGGCCCUGAACCUCCAUAUCUAAAUCCCUCUGAGUGAACACAAGAGACUAUGAAGUGUGGCAACGCGGGACAUUGUAGCCCUAUGCUGUGCAUAGGAUGGAGAGACAUUGAAGGCCUAUAAUGUAACUAUACUGAAAAAAUAUAUAAACGCAACAUGUAUAGUGUUGACCCCAUGUUUCAUGAGCUGAAAUAAGAGGCCUAAAAUUUUCCAUGCGCACAAAAAGCUUAUUUCUCUCAAAUUUUGCACACCAAUGU